GACAGAGCAUAUAACAACCUGACUGAGGAAAGAUACCAGUUACAUACCAGUUACAACAAUCUGACUGCAGAGAGAGACCAGUUACAGACCAGUUACAACAAUCUGACUGCAGAGAGAGACCAGUUACAGACCAGAUACAACAAUCUGACUGCAGAGAGAUACCAGUUACAGACCAGUUACUACAAUCUGACUGCAGAGAGAGACCAGUUACAGACCAGUUACAACAAUCUGACUGCAGAGAGAGACCAGUUACAGACCAGUUACAACAAUCUGACUGCAGAGAGAGACCAGUUUACAGACCAGAUACAACAAUCUGACUGCAGAGAGAUACCAGUUACAGACCAGUUACUACAAUCUGACUGCAGAGAGAGACCAGUUACAGACCAGUUACAACAAUCUGACUGCAGAGAGAGACCAGUUACAGACCAGUUACAACAAUCUGACUGCAGAGAGAGACCAGUUACAGACCAGAUACAACAAUCUGACUGCAGAGAGAUACCAGUUACAGACCAGUUACAACAAUCUGACUGCAGAGAGAGACCAGUUACAGACCAGAUACAUCAAUCUGACUGCAGAGAGAUACCAGUUACCGACCAGUUACUACAAUCUGACUGCAGAGAGAGACCAGUUACAGACCAGUUACAACAAUCUGACUGCAGAGAGAGACCAGUUACAGACCAGUUACAACAAUCUGACUGCAGAGAGAGACCAGUUACAGACCAGAUACAACAAUCUGACUGCAGAGAGAUACCAGUUACCGACCAGUUACUACAAUCUGACUGCAGAGAGAGACCAGUUACAGACCAGUUACAACAAUCUGACUGCAGAGAGAGACCAGUUACAGACCAGUUGCAACAAUCUGACUGCAGAGAGAGACCAGUUGCAGAGGGAGACAGACAUGUUUCGGAAUUUGACUUGUGGUCAGUGAGCAGCUAUUUAUUUACUUUCUGCACUAUAUAUUGAAUUUCUCAUGAAGAUCUAGUCCAGUGAAUCGUGGUUUAUAACAUGUGUUAUUAUUGUUGUUGUUAUUAUUAUUAUUAUUGUUAUUAUUAUUAUUAGUGGUAGUAGUAGAGUAUUAUUAGUAUUAUAAUAAUAAUAAUGUCACGCCCUGGCUCUGGGGACACUGUUAUGUUGAGCCAGGGUGUGUAAUUCUAUGUUUGGAUUUCUAUGUUGGCCUGAGUGACUCCCAAUCAGAGGCAACGAGUGUCAGCUGGUUGUCUCUGAUUGGGAGCCAUAUUUAGCUGUCUGUCUUUCACUUUGUGUUUGUGGUUUCUUGUUCGGGUUGGUUUGUGUUGUAACCAUAGACGUCACGUUUUUCGUUUGUUGUUUUGAUCGUGUGAUCAUUUAAUAAAUAUAAUAUGUUCACCUUCAACGCUGCGCAUUGGUCCUCCUCAUUAGACGAUCGUGACAGAAGAAACCACCAAGAUGUGACCAAGCAGCGUGUCCAGGAGCCAUCGCCAGGGAGAUCCCUAACAGAUCUCCUUCGCCUCCUCGACUGGGUCAAGCCGAGUGAGGAAGAGAAGGGCUUGACAUUAUGGCAGAAGGGCGAAAGGCUGGCGAGGGACAUGGAGACCUGGUCCACGGGUAGGAGAGACGCCCCGAAAUUUUUUAGGGGGGGGCUAACGCCGUGGACGACGGGCCAGCAGGAGACCGCGGCAGAGCGGCCCAGCGGAUUGGCAGAGGAGGCCACCAGGUUACGGGGGCCACUGGUCGAAGAGGGGGUGGAAGAUGUGGAGGCACGGCGAGAGGUACUGGCGUGUGUUGCCAGUCCGGUCCGGCCUGUUCCUGAUCCCCACGUAGGGCCAGUGGUGUGUGUUCCCAGUACGGUCCGGCCUGUUCCUGCCACUCGCACCAAGUCUACGGUGCGCAUCGCCAGCCCAGUCCGGCCCAUUCCUGCUCCCCGCACCAAGUCUGUGGUGCGUUUCGUCAGCCCUGUCCGGCCCGUUCCUGCUCACCGCACCAAGUCUGUGGUGCGCGUCGCCAGCCCAGUUCGGCCCGUUCCUGCUCUCCGCACCAAGUCUGUGGUGCGGGUCGCCAGCCCAGUCCGGCCCAUUCCUGCUCCCCGCACCAAGUCUCUGGUGCGUAUCGUCAGCCCUGUCCGGCCCGCUCCUGCUCCCCGCGCCAAGCCAGUGGUGUGCGUCGUCAGUCCAGCACGGCCCGUGCCUGUUCCCCACACCAGGCCAGUGGUGUGCGUCGUCGGUCCGGCACGGCCCGUGCCUGUUCCACUGGUGCCUGGUCCGGCACCGGUCAGAUGCGUGACGCCGGAGCUGGAGCAAUCCGCUCCAUCAGUGUGCAGUCCAGCUCCGGCCAGCGGGGCCAGACCGGACCAGGGGUACUUUGGGGGGUUGGAGAGGGAGUGGGGAUCAGGCCCGGAGCCGGAUCCGCCGCCGAGGCGGAGUGCCCACCCGGUCCCUCCCCUGUGGUAUUUAGUUGGCGCGGUCGGAGUCCGCGCCUUUAGGGGGGGGUACUGUCACGCCCUGGCUCUGGGGACACUGUUAUGUUGAGCCAGGGUGUGUAAUUCUAUGUUUGGAUUUCUAUGUUGGCCUGAGUGACUCCCAAUCAGAGGCAACGAGUGUCAGCUGGUUGUCUCUGAUUGGGAGCCAUAUUUAGCUGUCUGUCUUUCACUUUGUGUUUGUGGUUUCUUGUUCGGGUUGGUUUGUGUUGUAACCAUAGACGUCACGUUUUUCGUUUGUUGUUUUGAUCGUGUGAUCAUUUAAUAAAUAUAAUAUGUUCACCUUCAACGCUGCGCAUUGGUCCUCCUCAUUAGACGAUCGUGACAAAUAAUAAUUAUUAUUAUUAUUAUUGAUGUUAUUUUUCAUUAUUAUUCUUAUUAUUGAUGUUAUUAUUCUUGUUAUUGUUAUUAUUAUUAUUAUUAUUAUUAUUAUUUAUUAUUAUUGUGUUUUGUUGUGUUGGAAACAGAGAGUAGUGGUUGUCCUGAUGGAUGGACAAGGUUUUACUGCAGCUGUUACUCCUGGGAGGAGAGCAGACAGGACUAUCUGAUUAGAGGAGCAGACCUGGUGAUCAUGAAAAGCAGAGAGGAACAGGUGAGAUGCUCUGUUGCAGGUCCAUUUUUGGAAUGUUGUUUGUUUCAGUGUCUGAAUAUUGUUAGUACAUUGACUAUAUUCCAGAAAGAUUAAUAAAAAUCACUUUCCUAAUCUAAUUCAAUCUAUUAGUGGUUGGAUUAAUUGCACCUGUUGUUGAUAUGCUUGUUGGUAAAAUGGGUGUAUCAGUAGACCCUACGUUUCUUUUUAUGCCUGCUAAGUUAUGUUAGAUGUAUUCGGAAAGUAUUCAGACCCCAUUACUUUUUCCACAUUUUGUUAUUUUACAGCCUUAUUCUAAAAUAUAUUAAAAUGUUAUAUUUCCUUCAUCAAUCUACACACAAUACCCCAUAAUGUUUGAUAAAAAAAUAAAAGUAUUCAAACCCUUUACUCAGUCCUUUGUUGAAGCACCUUUGGCAGCGAUUACAGCCCCAAGUCUUCUUGGGUAUAACACUACAAAGCUGUAUUCUGGGAGUUUCUCCCAUUCUUCUCUGCAGAUCCUCUCAAGUCAGGUUGGAUGGGGAGCAUCGAUGCACAGCUAUUUUCAGGUCUCUCCAGAGAUGUUCCAUCGGGUCCAAGUCCGGGCUCUGGCUGGGACACUCAAGGACAUUCAGAGACUUGUCCCGAAGCCACUCAUGCGUUGUCUUGGCUGUGUGCUUAGGGUUGUUGUCCUGUUGGAAGGUGAACCUUCGCCCCAGUCUGAGGUCCUGAGCGCCCUGGCACAGGUUUUCAUCAAGGAUCUCUCUGUACUUUGCUCUGUUCAUCUUUCCCUCAAUUCUGACUAGUCUCCCAGUCCCUGCCCCUGAAAAACAUCCCCACAGCAUGAUGCUGCCAGGUUUCCUCCAGAUGUGACACUUGGCAUUCAGGCCAAAAAGUUAAAUAUUGGUUUCAUCAGACCAGAGAAUCUUGUUUCUUAUGAUCUGAGAGUCCAUUAGAUGCCUUUAAGCAAACUCCAAGCGGGCUGUCAUGUGCCUUUUACUGAGGAGUGUCUUCCGUCUGGCCACUCUACCAUAAAGGCCUGAAUGGUAGAGUGCUGCAGAGAUGGUUGUUCUUCUGGAAGGUUCUCCCAUCUCCACAGAGGAACUCUGGAGCUCUGUCAGAGUGACCAUCGGGUUCAUGCUCACCUCCCUGACCAAAGCCCUUCUCAGUUUGGCCUGGUGGCCAGCUCUAGGAAGAGUCUUGGUGUUUCCAAACUUCCUCCAUUUAAGAAUGAUGGAAGCCACAGCUUUCUUGGGGACCUUCAUUGCUGCAGACAUUUUUCGGUACCCUUCCGAAUUGUACCUUGACACAAUCCUGUCUCGGAGCUCUACGGACAACUCCUUCGAACUCAUGGCUUGGUUUUGGAUAUGACUUGCGCUGUCAACUGUGGGACUUUAUAUAGACAGGUGUGUGCCUUUCCAAAUUAUGUCCAAUCAAUUUAAUUUACCACAGGUGGACUCCAAUCAAGUUGUAGAAACAUCUCAAGGAUGACCAAUUUAAACAGGAUGCACCUGAGCUCAGUUUCGAUUCUCAUAGCAAAGGGUCUGAAUACUUACAGUACCAGCCAAAAGUCUGGAAACACCUACUCAUUCAAGGGUUUUUCUUUAUUUUCACUAUUUUCUACAUUGUAGAAAAAAUAAUAAAACUAUGAAAUAACACACAUGGAAUCAUGUAGUAACCAAAAAAGUGUUUAAAAAUUAAAAUAUAUUUUAUUUUUGAAAAUCUUCAAAUAGCCACCCUUUGCCUUGAUGACAGCUUUGCACACUCUUGGCAUUCUCUCAACCAGCUUCACCAAGAAUGCUUUUCCAACAGUCUUGAAGGAGUUCCCACAUAUGCUGAGCACUUGUUGGCUGCUUUUCCCUCACUCUGCCGUCCGACUCAUCUCAAACCAUCUCAAUUGGGUUGAGGUAGGGGGAUUGUGGAGGCCAGGUCAUCUGAUGCAGCACUCCAUCACUCUCCUUCUUGGUAAAAUAGCAUUUACACUGCCUGGAGGUGUGUUGGGUCAUUGUCCUGUGGAAAAACAAACGAUAGUCUCACUAAGCCCAAACCAGAUGAGAUGGCAUAUCGCUGCAGAAUACUGUGGUAGCCAUGCUGGUUAAGUGUGCCUUGAAUUCUAAAUAAAUCACAGACAGUGUCACCAGCAAAGCACCGCCACACCAUAACACCUCAUCCUCCAUGCUUUACGGUGGGAACUACACAUGCGGAGAUCAUCCGUUCACCCACACCUCGUCUCACAAAGGACACAUUUCCACCGGUCUAAUGUCCAUUGCCCGUGUUUCUUGGUCCAAGCAGGUCUCUUCUUAUUAUUGGUGUCCUUUAGUAGGGGUUUCUUUGCAGCAAUUCGACCAUGAAGGCCUGAUUCACACAGUCCCCUCUGAACAGUUGAUGUUGAGAUGUGUCUGUGACUUGAACUCUAUGAAGCAUUUAUUUGGGCUGCAAUUUCUCCCGAGUGGCGCAGUGGUCUAAGGCACUGCAUCGCAGUGCUAGCUGUGCCACUAGAGAUCCUGGUUCGAAUCCAGGCUCUGUCGUAGCCGGCCGCGACCGGGAGACCCAUGGGGCGGCGCACAAUUGGCCCAGCGUCAUCCAGUGUAGGGGAGGGAAUGGCCGGCAGGCAUGUAGCUCAGUUGGUAGAGCAUGGCGUUUGCAACGCCAGGGUGGUGGGUUCGAUUCCCACGGGGGGCCAGCAUGAAAAAAUGUAAUAAUAAAAAAUAAUAAUGUGUGCACUCACUAACUGUAAGUCGCUCUGGAUAAGAGCGUCUGCUAAAUGACUAAAAUGUAAAUGUGAAUAUAAUUUCUGAGGCUGGUAACUCUAAUGAACUUAUCCUCUGCAGCAGAGGUAACUCUGGGUCUUCCUUUCCUGUGGCGGUCCUCAUGAGAGACAGUUUCAUCAUAGCGCUUGAUGGUUUUUGCGACUGCACUUGAAGAAACUUUCAAAGUUCUUGAAAUGUUCCAUAUUGACUGACCUUCAUGUCUUAAAGUAAUGAUGGACUGUCGUUUCUCUUUGCUUAUUUGAGCUGUUCUUGCCAUAAUAUGGACUUGGUCUUUUACCAAAUAGGGCUAUCUUCUGUAUACCCCCCUACCUUGUCACAACCCAACUGAUUGGCUCAAAUGCAUUAAGAAGGAAAGAAAUUCCACAAAUUAAGUUUUAACAAGGCACACCUGUUAAUUUAAAUGCAUUCCAGGUGACUACCUCAUGAAGCUGGUUGAGAGAAUGCCAAGAGUGUGCAAAGCUGUCAUCAAGGCAAAGGGUGGAUAUUUGAAGAAUCUCAAUUUGUUUAACACUUUUUUGGCUACUACAUGAUUCCAUAUGUGUUAUUUCAUAGUUUUGAUGUCUUCACUAUUAUUCUACAAUGUAAAAAAUAUUAAAAAUAAAGAAAAACCCUUGAAUGAGUAGGUGUUUCCAAACUUUUGACUGGUAGUGUAUGUAAGUAAGGUAUUUCUGUUUUUUGUUUUUAAAACAUUUGCAAAAAUGUCUAAAAACCUGUUUUUGUUUCGUCAUUAUGGGGUAUUGUGUAUAGAUUGAUGAGUAAAACAAUUAAUUUUAUCAAUUUUAGAAUAAGGCAGUAAUGUAACAAAAAGUGGGAAAAGUGAAGGUAUCUGAAUACUUUCUGAAUGCACUGUACAUGGGUAAUAGCUUGUUAGAAUGAGUUAAACAACAUAUAUUAAGAUGAAAAAGUAAUUGCGUUUCAAAUGUACGUGAAAGAUAAUGUAUUGUGUGAUUUGCUGCAAAAUAAGCUUUAAAUCCUCUUAGAUGUAAAGUCCCCUGUUUAGGGUUCUGGUACUGGUUCCGACGGAUCUUAUACAAAUCGAUCUGUGCACACCGUAGAUCGAAAUAUUUGCAUUGAGCGAUAGCCCUGGUUUUCACGGACACAUCAGUAUAUAUUUUUGGAAUGUGGGAUGUAAGAUGUGAAAUCUGACAUCUCUUGAAACUUGGAUGUCCCUCCUACCAUUUAAUUCGCUCUUCUGUCUGUCCUUCAACGCCUGGCUGAACCCUACAUCACAGACACUGUCAAAGCACAUUAGUGAUGGGUAUUCCGAGUCUUUUCAGUGAGCCGGUUCAUUUGGUUCCCAAAUCCAAAAUUAAGCCCAAAAGGUAGGCUACCGUUAUGUCAGAUCGUGAAAUGCGCGUUCAAAUUAAUAGUCUCAACCCUCGCUCACCAUGGUUGCCUAUGCAAGUGUUGUAUCUAAAAAAUGAUGCUAAUCUUUGCUGUGAGACCAAGGAGUCCGCUUACACUGUACUUUGAUUAUAAAGGUUUAUUUAUAUCACAAGAUUUCAGCGUAAGUUUACAGACAUCUGCAGGCAUCUGGAGACCAAUGACCCAAAAUAAUAUGUUGUUCUGUCCUCCUUUGUUUUAACCGUGGGUAUUUAUAUCCUAUGCCCUAUGUAACAUAAUAUAGGUGUUUUCCCAUAAACCAAUCCCAGGACUCCACCUAACAGACUUCCUCGGCUUUAGGGUGCCCCUAUAUAACUACUCCCCAGAUGCUCCCUUAAGCUUAGUCAACAUCCUCUAAAAUCAUUUGAAACCAUUAGCAAAGUCAUAAACUGUUUAAACACUACAUAUUUCCCCCCUUCGAGACUAAUUAAGUCUCAAAAACAAAAAGAAUAGUGUAGCUCCUCCAGUGACAGGCAUGAGGCAAGAGGUCUUGAUUUGAAUACAGGGCUUUAAUGCUGGUCAACCCGUGAGAACUGGUUUAAAGAAAGAAAAAAUACAUUAACAAAAUAAUGCCAUAUGCAUGUCUCACACAUCUGGCGUUAUAAUCAAGCUCAUACAGCUAGACACUUUAUGUAUAUUUUACACCAAAAACAUGACGCACGUAAACACAAACACCCUCAUAGCAAAAUAAAUAGUCAACAAACCUCAUUGCUGCUUAUCACACAGUGUCACGAUCGUCGUCUACAGAGGAGGACCAAGGCGCAGCGUGGAAUGCGAACAUUUUAUUAAUUUGAAUGAACACACGAACAAAACAACAAAACGAAAACGUGACGUCCCUGGUUACAUACACGAACCAACACGGAACAAGAAACCACAAUGAAUGAAUGCCUAACGGCUACCUAAGUAUGACUCCCAAUCAGAGACAACAAGCUACAGCUGUCUCUGAUUGGGAGCCACCCUGGCCAACAUAGAUAUACAACAACUAGAACCAACACACAUGAAAACUCACACCCUGGCUCAACAUACUAGAGUCCCCAGAGCCAGGGCGUGACAGUACCCCCCCCUAAAGGCGCGGACUCCGACCGCGCCAACCAAAUACCACAGGGGAGGGACCGGGUGGGCACUCCGCCUUAGCGGCGGAUCCGGCUCCGGGCCUGAUCCCCACUCGCUCUCUAACCCCCCAAAGUACCCCUGGUCCGGUCUUGCCCUGCUGACCGGAGCUGGACUGCACACUGGUGGAGCGGAUUGCUCUAGCUCCGGCGUGAAGCAGCUGACCCGUGCUGAACCAGGCACCAGUGGAACAGGCACGGGCUGUGCCGGACUGACGACGCACACCACUGGCUUGGUAUGGGGAGCAGGAACGGCCCGAGCCGGGCUGACGAAACGCACCCCUGACUUGGUGCGGGGAGCAGGAGCGGGUCGAACCGGGCUGACGAAACGCACCACUGACUUGGUGCGGGGAGCAGGAACGGGCCGAGCCGGGCUGACGAAGCGCACCACUGACUUGGUGCGGGGAGCAGGAACGGGCCGAGCCGGGCUGACGAAGCGCACUACUGACUUGGUGCGGGGAGCAGGAGCGGGCCGAGCCGGGCUGACGAAGCGCACCACUGACUUGGUGCGGGGAGCAGGAACGGGCCGAGCCGGGCUGACGAAGUGCACCACUGACUUGGUGCGGGGAGCAGGAACGGGCCGAGCCGGGCUGACGAAGCGCACCAUUGGCCUGGUGCGGGGAGCAGGAACAGGCCGGACCGUACUGGGGACACACACCACUGGUCCUACGCAGGGAUCUGGAAUGGGCCGGACCGGACUGGUAACACACCCCAGUACCUCUCGCCGUGCCUCUACACCUUCCAUCCCCUCUUCGACCAGUGGCCCCCGUAACCUGGCGGCCUCCUCUGCCAACCCGCUGGGCCGCUCUGCCGCGGUCUCCUGCUGGCCCGUCGUCCACGGCGUUAGCCCCCCCCUAAAAAAUUUCUGGGCGUCUCUCCUACCCGUGGACCAGGUCUCCAUGUCCCUCGCCAGCCUUUCGCCCUUCUGCUUCCAUGUCAAGCCCUUCUCUUCCUCACCCGGCUUGACCCAGUCGAGGAGGCGAAGGAGAUCUGCUAGAGAUCUCCCUGGCGAUGGCUCCUGGACACGCUGCUUGGUCCAGUCUUGGUGGUUUCUUCUGUCACGCUCGUCGGGAACAGAGGAGGACCAAGGCGCAGCGUGGAAUGCGAACAUUUUAUUAAUUUGAAUGAACACACGAACAAAACAACAAAACGAAAACGUGACGUCCCUGGUUACAUACACGAACCAACACGGAACAAGAAACCACAAUGAAUGAAUGCCUAACGGCUACCUAAGUAUGACUCCCAAUCAGAGACAACGAGCUACAGCCGUCUCUGAUUGGGAGCCACCCUGGCCAACAUAGAUAUACAACAACUAGAACCAACACACAUGAAAACUCACACCCUGGCUCAACAUACUAGAGUCCCCAGAGCCAGGGCGUGACAUAGCGCCAUCAAUAAAAUAGGGAUAUUGGCCAAAUGAGCAACAUUUACAUGUCCAUGUCCUUAAAAACAGCCUUUAACAAAUUACAAAAACACUAUUCCUUGUGUUUCGAUGUGUAGCAUAUACAAAACUUUAUAGCCUAUUUUUUAUUGGUUUUUACUUUCAUAAAACAAUAAUUGUCCACCUCACGGUUGAGCUGUCAGAGAUUGAGCACUAAAUGCAUUAGGGCAUUGCAUGCAUAGGCCACUGUAUGAUAUUAAUAUUUUAAAAUAUACAGUAUAUAUAUAAAGGAAGAGAAGCUUAGGCCUAGCCCCAGAGAGAUAGAGAGAGAAAUAGAGAUAUGCCGGCAGCAUGCUAUGACACCGACAUGCAUUUCUUUAUGUCAGAUGGCUACUGCAUCUGCUAUACAGAUAGAGGCAUACAGAAGGAGGCUAAUUCGUUAAUUUUCUAUACGAAUAUUUUGUAUAAAGAUAAGCAUUAUAUUGUUAGAUUAUAGGAGUAACUCUGGUAGGCCUGAAACAUUCUUCCUCACCUCAAGUUUAACUGUUAGAGUCAGUUGGAGCGCCGGGGCACACUGCCUUAAUAUCAUAGGCCUGCAGUAGCUAAAGGUUAAUAAUAGCCACACCAUACUAAACCUUCACAAAUGUUUCUAAACUUUAUUAGAGUAAUAUCAAAAGUAAGGCCAAACAUUUCUCAAAAUGAAUUCAAAGGCACUGUAGACUAAGCCUAAUAAGGCAUUGUUCAUUUAAUUUGUAUUUAAUUCUAAGUAAGUCACAUCCUAUAUGCUCAAUGUAUAGACUAUAAUGAUUUAAUACAACAAAAUGUUGUUUAAAUGCUGAGCGUUUUAUGUCCCUACCAGCCUAGUGUCACACUCGCAAAUGCAUCGCAAUGUAUUUUUUUGUAGGCUAAAGCCUUAAUAUAUAUAAUAGCCUAAUAUAGCCUAUAAUAUAGCCUAAAUAAUUGAUUUUUGUUCCUUCUUAGGCUCCCUGUCUGGCUGCUGACCUAUUUAGAGUUUAUAUAUGCUGUUUAAUGACAUGUAAGCUAUUUGAAAUGAUGAACGCUUCUUACCUAACCAAUUCAUGUUUAUUUUCAUUCAAAUCGUAUGGUUAGGUUUCAAUACUUCAAAAGCAAAUGGUAGGUCCAGGUAGUCAGAACAAUAGAUGGGUGUUAGUUAAAUUCUGAUUUUAAUGAAUGGAGCAAAUUCAGAGCUGCAGUUUUUUUUCCUGUGAGCGCAGAGUGGUUUCUUAGCAGAGCGGUAAGAAUGUGAAGCACCUCUCCAUGAUUGAUGAGCGGGAUUUCCGACAGCUCAACUCCACUCACAUACUCUGGUUGAGAGCUAUUCAAAAUCAUGAACAACAGCAACAAAUAAAACAUAGCCAGCUAAAAUGUUGUAAAACACAAAACACUUGUUAUCCAUACCUGAAAGUUUCUCCUCCUGUGUCUAACAUUUAGUCUCAGAAAUCCUAGCCCAAGAUGUCAAGGGAAGCCAGUUUGGAUUUGGCUUCAGACCAAUCACAUCACAUCAGAAGCCAAACAUCAUUAAUAUAAAAAAAACUAUAAUUUUUGCAUCUAGUGUCAUUGUCCUCCGGUGAUUAGCUAGCGAGCUAAAAUCGGCCCUUUCCUAAAUUAGCCAUUGAUGGCGGUAGGGAUUUGGACUUGUGGUUUUACUUCUCUGUACUGGCCAAUGAUUAUAAUGGUGAUUCUGAUCCGAGCAUAAAUUAAUACAUUGUGCCCCUGGCCUGAGAGAAUGGAAGUUCAACAUGUAACUAGAUGUAUGUAGUAGGCUAAUGUUAACUAGCUGGCCUGGUGCAUCGUUGCCCAUGAAAGGAAGUUAGGCUAGCGAGCAAGCAUUUUAGCCAGGUAGCGUAGAACAACAAAAGCUAAAAGCGUGUACUGUAUGACAGAGUCAUAGACCGUUUAGGCAACAUGAAAGAGGAGGAUGGUAUUGGUGUUUCUCUACAAGUAGGGCAAGUCAACAUGGUUUUUCUACUUGCAUGCACACAUACACCAAACACAAACUGAAAUCAGUACCAUGGACAGCCACAUCAUAUUUAGCUUACGUUGAUUGGAAUAAAUAGUUUUGGGUAUAUUUUAGUUGUCACUGUAUUAGACUAAGCAUAGGUGAUUUGAUGAUGUUGAAAUGGUGAUGGAAUAGUGGAGGCAGCUCCUGUUUUCUUUGCGACUUGCGGUAACUCUCUGUGGUUCUAAAUCAAUAGUUGUUUAGUAGUCCGAAAAUGUUGGAAACAUUACCUUGCUUGACCAUGCUGUAGGUCAUGUAACAGUUUGUUACAUGCAAUAUGUUUUGUGGACUUCACCAGAGAGAUACAGGACUAUUAAAGGCCCAAUGCACUGCUUUUGUGAAAAAAUAUUUUUUGCAAAAUAUAUGUAUAUAUAUUUUUUCUUUAUUAUGAUUUUUCAGGGGGUGCUGCAGUACCCUCAGCACCCGUACUUCCUGCUGCUAUGGGUCAAUGGAUACCUGCCGAUUGAUGCUGGUGAGCAUGUAGUGUCUUUUUUUUGGCGCACAAAUACACCAGAUUAUAAUAUAUUGUUAUUUUUGUACAGUUUUUAGAAUAGGUUUCACUUAAUGAGUUACCAGUUAAACUUUUCCUGUAGUCGCUGUGUUCCGUUGUUUUUGUACUGUAAUUAUGUUGUAUUGCCAACAGAUGGCGCUAAUAGCACAGUAUAUAAUCUAUGACCACCUGCCGGCCUUACUGGAAAGAACCAGAGGACCAAAGCCUCACAAGAGCAAAACUCUAGAUAGGGCCAUUGGGUCAUUCAUUAUGCAAAUAUGGUAUGAGUACCAAGAUGCAAAUACAUUUCCAUCAUAGAUAGACAGCAUGUCACCUUUACACUAUAGUUGACUUCUAGAGCAUCGGGAUACACCAGUUCCCCUCUUCUUCAACAUUCACUUAUCUUCUGUUUAGGUGAGUAACCUUCUCCCUAUGAACACUCUGAGGGGAGUGCCAAUGUGUGAAAGAACAGCACAGUCUGUAACAGACUCAGAUCAAAACCUCAGAUUAGAUUAGAUCAGGCUGGGGUACAAAGACGCCAGUGUGAGGCAGUGUAUGGGUUUUUGCAUGUGUUUCAGCCAGGAAGUUCAUGUCAGGGAGAAGUGGCUCCUCUACCCCACACACUCACUUUGAUCUGGAGAUGAGUCAUACAUAUGACUGACAGCAGGAUGGCCAUGAGACAACCCCUCCCAACCCAGAGAGAGACAAUCUCUAUUACAUACACUCCAGGUAGAUGCAGUGGUGUGUAUUCAUUGAUGCCAAGGGAAGCCAGGCUUCCACAAAAAAUGGACUAAGAAAAAAACACAAAAUAAUGUUUAUUUUGUCUCUCUGUGUUUCAUAAAUGUCCUUCAAUUCGCAAGAGGCUGAAUGUAUCUCACCGGAGAAAGCAUCCGAGCGAAUGAAACAGCACACCUCUGUCUCAGUAUGUGUAGCGUAUCAAUCUGAUACUGUCUGGUCAAAAAAGUAUGAAAUUGUUGCCGCCCGUAGCAUUGAAUGCAAGGGAACCCAGCGAGCAUUUGGCCUCCCUUGAUAAAAAAUUUAAAGAAUAAUAGCCAUCAGUGUUGAGCUAAACUGAGCGAGCUCAGCUGUGAAAGGUCCUGGUGCACCAAAAGAAAGUGUCAAGGGAAGCCAGUUCGGAUUUGGCUUCAGACCAAUCACAUCAGAAGCCAAAUGUCAUUGACAGAAAAUAAUUUUUGCAUCUCGUGUCAUUGUCCUCCGGUGACUAGCUAGCGAGCUAAAAUCGGCCCUUUCCUAAAUUAGCCAUUGAUGGCGGUAGGGAUUUGGACUUGUGGUUUUACUUCUCUGUACUGGCCAAUGAUUAUAAUGGCGAUUCUGAUCCAACCAUAAAUUAAUACAUUGUGCCCGUGGCCUGAGAGAAUGGAAGUUCAACAUGUAACUAGAUGUAUGUAGUAUGCUAAUGUUAACUAGCUGGCCUGGUGCAUCGUUGCCCAUGAAAGGAAGUUAGGCUAGCGAGCAGGCAUUUUAGCCAGGUAGCCUAGAACAACAAAAGCUAAAAGCGUGUACUGUAUGACAGAGUCAUAGACCGUUUAGGCAACAUGAAAGAGGAGGAUGGUAUUGGUGUUUCUCUACAAGUAGGGUGAGUCAACGUUUUUUCUACUUGCACGCACGCACACACAGAAAUCAGUACCAUGGACAGCCACAUCAUAUUUAGCUUACGUUGAUUGGAAUAAAUAGUUUUGGGUAACUUUUAGUUGUCACUGUAUUAGACUAAGCAUAGGUGAUUAGAUUAUGUUGAAAUGUUGCAGUUGAAAUGGUGAUGGAAUAGUGGAGGCAGCUCCUGUUUUCUUUGCGACUUGCGGUAACUCUCUGUGGUUCUAAAUCAAUAGUUGUUUAGUAGUCCGAAAAUGUCGGAAACCUUACCUUGCUUGACCAUGCUGUAGGUCAUGUAACUGUUUGUUACAUGCAAUAUGUUUUGUGGACUUUUGUGAUGAAACAAAGGAGUGGUUGAAUUUAUUCUGCCACUGUGUCUUCUUAUUGUCUCGGCCUUUAGGCUUACAUAUCACAGUGUCAAGGUAUAUGAACUAACAGGUUAUACAGCAAACAACGCAAUUAUCACAACACAUUGGUUUAAUACGAAAAAUGUUUUUUUCUUGGCUUGACUUCCCCAGUGAUUUUAUCCACUCAACGCUACUGGGUAGAGGGAGCCUAUGGGCCUGUAUUUAUAAAGCGUCUCAGCGUUGGAGUGCUGAUCUAGGAUCAGGUCCCCCCACUGUCCAUAUAAUCAUAUUAAUUAUCUAAAAGGCUAAACUGAUCCUAUAUCAGCAAUCUUACUCUUGAGACUGUCUGGGCUGUGAGCACAGAUCUAGGAUAAGACUUAACAUACCCUGUUUCUAAUAGUACCCAUUAGUGGGUACAUGUCAAACUGACCUUAGAUCAGGACGUGGGCAUAUUAUCUGACUACUUAUGUCACCCAGUUAAUCAGCAUCUUUCUCUUUUGAAACAUUGUGUCAGUGUGCAGUGUUGAGUGUAACCCAAGCAUGACCCUUGAUAAGGGCCCAAUCUGCUACAUUGUGCCUCCAUGCUCUGUGUAGGAACUCUCUCUGUUGUGCUACAGUGGUGAAAUAGUUAGAGGAGUAACCAGAGAUACAGGGCCAGUUUCCCGAAUGAAGUCUUGGACUAAAAAAGCAUUCUCAAUGGAGAAUCUACAUUGAAAGCGUUUAGAAUUUAAUGACUAGGCUUAAUCUGUGUCUGGGGUACUGGCCCAUAAUGUUCUAAUUUCUAUGCGUAGAACUUCCUCCAAAAAAACAUUUGAUUGUUCUAAUCUGAAACAUACAGUACCCGCGACAACAGGAAGUAACCAAGGUCACAACAGUAGCUUUUUCAUAGUGAUUGUUUUAUUAUUCUGUCUAUCUACGAUCAAAGGAAAUCAAAUGCUGUGACAGACAUCAGGGGUGAUCAUCAUCCUCCCGUUUGAAAAAUUAAAUGUUUUUUUUCUUCUCCAAAUACACACACACACAUCGUGAAAUGACAUCGUAAAGCAACCAUGUCAGAUAGCUAUACAUACAAAGACUUUCCAGCAUAAUGUAAACAAUCACAUCAUCUUAGGUGUCAACCACUGUCUGAUACCACUCUGGAAUAAUACGAGUCAGACGGCUGCAAUUGAGUGGACGAGGAAAUAAACCAUAGAAUGAUACCUGUAGACUGGUUAAACCAGACUGGAGACUAUUGUCACUGAAGUGAAUCAAUAGUGAGUGCUGAGUGCAGCGUUACGUAUUAUUUAACUAGGCUUAAUGAAUGGUUCACUUGCUGGCGACCUUCGCACUGUAAUGAAUGACUGACUGACCGAGGAGAGAGUAAAUAUUGACAAUGGGAGAGUGCAAGGCUGUCCAGGAACCUAGAGACAGCGUAAUUAGACAUCAAAAUUUUGGACUGGGUCCUAUUUAUCAGCCCCUUGAGAGCAGCUAAAUCUACAGUCUGGUAGAAGACUGAAUGCAGCGUUCAAUCUGGUUUAACCAGGCAAAGAGUCAACCAGUAGGGUACCAGUCUCAACUCUAAACCUGUAGAAACAUUGACCUCUGCAAUCACAUAAAGUCAAGGGCCAGGAAUUUUUCUUGAACACGUGACAUGACUAGGAAAUACUCCAGAUCAGAUGGUCAGGUGGGCAGGAAAAUUUCAGGGUCAUACAUGUCAUAUGAUUGGCUGAGAAUUCAGACACACCUGAAGUAUAUACACAAGUCUCGUACAGACAAUACAUACACACGUCACAUUUUCGUGCUUUUUUUGACAUAGUGUGACAUACUGAACUUUGAAUGGGGGGGGGGGGCUUUGCAACAACAGCAAGAUGACACAUAGCAGGCUACAGUUCAUAGCGGAUCCACAUAAGCAAGGUCUCCCCUGCCCUUGCAUUCUCAAACACCUGCAAGUCAAUCGGAGUAUCAGUUCAUUGGAUUGGCUCAUUGCAGUUCAUUGCAGGCUAGAAAUAACAUUGAAAAACUUGCAUGGUCCACUCCCUGCAUAUUCCCUUCAGACCUGCCUCUUCGUGUAUUUCAACCAUUUCACUUCAAAAGACUAAAAUGUAAGAAACCAAAAGCAUAAGUGUAGAUGGGGAAUAACAAGCAGAGUGAAGGAGAGAUAAGAUGGAAUUUCUUGCAUUUGAGGUCCUCUUCAAGAUUCUCAAAAGGUCCAAAGUAGAGAGUUGUGGACACAGAGUUCAAUAGAGGUCAAUGACCCACCCGUUGCGCUUGUCGUCCUGAUGUAGAGUCAGCAUCGUUGGUCCUUUAAUCUCUUUAUCAAGAUGGAGGAUUCCAUUCUGCCUCCGUCACAAGCAGACACUGACUGAAGGAUAAAUAGUUAAGAUGUUGCCCAGAUCAAGCACUUAUAUUGGUCUUCAUGACAAUUCAUGUCCCCUCUUUCAGGAAAUGCUAAAACUAUAUUUUCUGUGACUUCUUUUCACCCGCUGUCACAAAUGUCCCCCUUUCGACACAAACAAAUCGACAGAGAAUGUCAUUGCAUCUAAUGUCAUAGAAUUCCAAAAGCCCUUUUGAUACGUUCCAUAAUCAGAGAUACAGACUGGGGAUUCCAUAAGGUAGCCCCUAACCAAUGGCAGGCAUGUGUGGAAAAUGGAGACAUUUCAUUGGUCCCCAUAUCUCUGCGAUCUGCCGCUUAAAACCGCUCAUUGGUCAACCUGGAGAGACAGAAAACACUAGAGAUGGAAAAGGCACAAUCCAACUUCAACAGACGCAGGGUGAAAUCAGUGAGUGUAGCGCUCUCAUCUGUACACUAUUCAAUCCCUUCUUUCAUAGAACUGAUGAUUAUAAGGAUACUGCCGUUUCACUAGCAAUCUCCAUACAGAACCCUUACAAGAUGAUUUAGCUAAGUUUAGGUCAUAUUGAAUCAGCCCCAUCAUCAGUUAAGUCUAUUGUUUGCGGGUGGACAUAAAACUCUAUACCAUUGUCUCUGAUUUUAUUGAGAAAGAUGGCUACAUUUAAGAAUGCAGAAAGCCCCUAAAUGUCUAAACGGGUUAAAAAGAAAUGACAAUUUGUUCCAGCUGAUAGCCGAGCUUCCGCUUUCACACCAGAACAAAGUAGAAAUCCGGACAUUUUCCAAAUUAGAUUUCCACCUUAAAUAUGGUUGAAAUAUUAUUCCUGUCUUGAGCGUAUUGAAUAACUCCCGAUCACAUGAAAACCAUUUAGCUUCUUGUCUCAGAGCCUCUGUGCAUGAUCUGGGUCAUAUUCAUUAGUGCACAGUUUCAAAACGUAGCAAAACGUUUUGCUACAGAAAACAAAAAACAAGUGUUUCUUAUUCAGUUCAGGUAGUUCCUCCCUGUUUCGGUCUGUUUCCUUCCAUUUGGUACCAAAUGAAUGUGACAAUAUUUAGGCCUACAAAUAGAGAAGAAAUCAAGUAAAUGAAUGAAAAAAACACACACUAAAACAGGCUCAAACUACAAAUAUUUAUAGAUAUACAUACACAUCGAAAACAAUAGAAUUUCUCUCCAGUCCAUGGUCCUUCUCUGAGAGCCCAAAGCUGGGUUGAUAUCAAUAACACACUAGACUAGAGUCUUUGGUCUCUGACAUCUUUUUCAUUGUCUUUGUCUAAUAGACUGAAACAUAGGGUGGUGAUGUCAUGCAUAAAAGAAAGAAAACAAAGAACGUAUAGGCAGGGAGGCUGUUGCCGGAGUCUAGCUAUAUCCCUUGUGUUCCUUUGCAAUGCUUCUCUGUUCCGUGCGUCUCCCUCAUUGCAUCAAAGAAUCCACAGAGUCAACUGUAGAGUCUAAGAAAUGAAAUCUGCCCCUCUCUCUCUCUCUCUCUCUCUGUGUCUUUGCAGGGUUUAUGCUCCUCUUCCCAUUCCUCCAUUCCUCAUUUAGGUCUGUGUUUCUGAAGAGUCCCUCAGAAAGUCCUGAGGGGGUGUAAAUGGGCCAAUGGGGGACCAUGUCAUUAUUCACUUAGCCAAUCAAAUGUUUUGGUUGACAGGCGUGACGUAAUCACAUGUUUUGGUUGACGGGCGUGACGUAGUUGCGCGGGAACAUGCCCGUCUGGCCGUGGCACGCCCCUUUCCACCAGUUGGGGUCGGAGUUGUCCAGGACCUGGAUGAAGUCGCCGCGUCGGAAGCCCAGCUCGCCAUCCUCCUGAGGGUCGAAGUCGAACAGCGCCUGCACAUACGUUGAAUGCUGGAGAGACAAGAGAGGAGAAACACAUUGGUUAGAAUAUGUGGCGUGUGUAGUCGGGCAGGUCACUUAGAAAUGUCCUUGUUUUCCAUGAAAACAUACAUGAAAUGAGUUGGAAUAGGAAAUAUAUCAAAUGCAGUCAUUGACAAGGUUAGAAAUAGUGAUUUUUAAUUGAAAUAAUAAUUGUGUUCUUCAAACUUUGCUUUCGUCAAAUAAUCUUCCAUUUGCAGCAAUUACAGCCUUGCAGACCUUUGGCAUUCUAGUUGUCAAUUUGUUGAGGUAAUCUGAAGAGAUUUCACCCCAUGCUUCCUGAAGCACCUCCCACAAGUUGGAUUGGCUUGAUGGGCACUUCUUACGUACCAUACGGUCAAGCUGCUCCCACAACAGCUGAAUAGGGUUGAGAUCCGGUGACAGUGCUGGCCACUCCAUUAUAGACAGAAUCCCAGCUGACUGCUUCUUCCCUAAAUAGUUCUUGCAUAGUUUGGAGCUGUGCUUUGGGUCAUUGUCCUGUUGUAGGAGGAAAUUGGCUCCAAUCAAGUGCCGUCCACAGGGUAUGGCAUGGCAUUGCAAAAUUGACUGAUACCCUUCCACUUCUACCCUGUACAAAUCACCCACUUUACCACCACCAAAGCACCCCCAGACCAUCACAUUGCCUCCACCAUGCUUGACAGAUGGCAUCAAGCACUCCUCCAGCAUCUUUUCAUUUGGUCUGCGUCUCAAAAAUGUUCUUCUUUGUGAUUCCGAACACCUCAAACCUCGAUUAGUCUGUCCAUAACACUUUUUUCCAGUCUUCAUCUGUCCAGUGUCUGUGUUCUUUUGCCCAUCUUAAUCUUUUCUUUUUAUUGGCCAGUCUGAGAUAUGGCUUUUUCUUUGCAACUCUGCCUAGAAGGUCAGCAUCCCGGAGUCGCCUCUUCACUGUUGACGUUGAGACUGGUGUUUUGCGGGUACUAUUUAAUGAAGCUGCCAGUUGAGGACCUGUGAGGCGUCUGUUUCUCAAACUAGACACUCUCAAUGUAUUUGUCCUCUUGCUCAGUUGUGCACCGGGGCCUCCCACUCCUCUUUCUAUUCUGGUUAGAGCCAGUUUGCGCUGUUCACUGAAGGGAGUAGUACACAGCGUUGUACGAGAUCUUCAGUUUCUUGGCAAUUUCUCGCAUAGAAUAGCCUUCAUUUCUCAGAACAACAAUAGACUGACGAGUUACAGAAGAAAGUUAUUUGUUUCUGGACAUUUUGAGCCUGUAAUCGAACCCACAAUUGCUGAUGCUCCAGAUACUCAACUAGUCUCAAGAAGGCCAGUUUUAUUGCUUAUUUAAUCAGCACAACAGUUUUCAGCUGUGCUAACAUAAUUGCAAAAGGGUUUUCAAUUAGCCUUUUAAAAUGAUAAACUUGGAUUAGCAAACACAACGUGCCAUUGGAACACAGGACUGAUGGUUGCUGAUAAUGGGCCUCUGUACGCCUAUGUAGAUAUUCCAUUAAAAAUCAGCCGUUUCCAGCUACAAUAGCCAUUUACAACAUUAACAAUGUCUACACUGUAUUUCUGAUCAAUUUGAUGUUAUUUUAAUGGCCAAAAAAAUAGCUUUUCUUUCAAAAACAAGGACAUUUCUAAGUGAACAGUAGUGUAUUUGUCUGCAAAAUUGCUUAGUGAACUGUCGUUGACUGAUAAUCGGCUAAGCUGUGUUUUUGCAUGAUUGCUUAGAUGAGAUUACGUGAUGCAAUCUCAUUAAAUGAUUGUCGGAGAUGAGGAUUUCCCUGGUAUUCCGUAUGAUGUGCAGCGCUGUGUAUACAUACAGUGCCUUCAGAACAAGUAAUCACACCCCUCAACUUUUUCCACAUUUUGUUGUGUUACAGCCUGAAUUUUAAAUUGAUUAAAUUGAUAUGUUUUCUUUGUCCUUGGCCUACACACAGACACAAUACUCCAUAAUGUCAAAGUGGAAUUAUGUUUUCGAAAUUUUAACAAAUUCAUUAAAUAAAUGAAAAGCUGAAAUGUCUUGAGUGAAUAAGUAUUCAACCCCUUUGUUAUGGCAAGCCUAAAUAAGUUCCGGAGUACAAAUGUGCUUAAGAAGUCACAUAAUAAGUUGAAUGUACUCACUCUGGGUGCAAUAAUAGUUUUUUUUUUUAUGACUACCUCAUCUCUGUACCCCACACAUACAGAUAAUUGUAAGGUCCCUGAGUCGAGUGGUGAAUUUCAAACAGAUUCAACCACAGAGACCAGGGAGGUUUUCCAAUGCCUCGCAAAGGGUAUCUAUUGGUAGAUGGGUAGAAAAUUAAAUAAAAGCAGACAUUGAAUAUCCCUUUGAGCACGGUGAAGUUUUUUUAUUACACUUUGGAUGGUGUACCAGUCACUACAAAGAUACAGGCAUCCUUCCGAACUCAGUUGCCGGAGAGGAAGGAAACCGCUCAGGAAUUUCACCAUGAGGCCAAUGGUGACUUUAAAACAGUUAGACUUUAAUGGUUCUGAUAGCAGAAAACUGAGGAUGGAUCAACAACAUUGUAGUUACUCCACAAUACUAACCUAAUUGACAGAGUGAAAAGAAGGAAGCCUGUAUAGAUUUUAAAAAAUUCCAAAACAUGUAUCCUGUUUGCAACAAGGUACUAAAUACUGCAAAGAAAAGGUGGCAAAGAAAUUAACUUUUUGUCCUGAAUACAAAGUGUUAUGUUUCGGGCAUAUCCAAUACAACACAUUACUGAGUACCACUCUCCAUAUUUUCAAGCAUAGUGGUGGCUGCGUCAUGUUAUGGAUAUGCUUGUUAUCGUUAAGGACUGGGGAGUUUUUCAGGAUAAAAAAAUUAACUCAAUGGAGCUAAGAACAGGCAAAAUAUUAGAGAUAAACCUGGUUCAGUCUGCUUUCCACCAGACACUGGGAGAGGAAUUCACCUUUCAGCAAAAAAAACUGAACAAAUAUACACUAGUUGCUUACCAAGAAGACAGUGAAUGUUCCUGAGUGGCCGAGUUACAGUUGACUUAAAUCUACUUGGAAAAUCUAUGGCAAGACCUGAAAAUGGUUGUCUAGCAAUGAUCAACCACCAAUUUGACAGAGCUUGAAGGAUUUUGAAAAGAAUAAUGGGUAAAUGUUGCACAGUCCAGGUGUGGAAAGCUCUUAGAGACUUACCCAGAAAGACUCACAGCUGUAAUCGUUCCCAAAAGGUGAUUCUACAAAGUAUUGACUCAGGGGUGUGAAUACGUACAAUACCAGUCAAAAGUUUGGACACACCUACUCAUUCAAAGGUUUUUCUUUUCAAGAGUGUGCAAAGCUGUCAUCAAGGCAAAGGGUGGCUAUUUUAAGAAUCUCAAAUAUAAAAUAUAUUUUGAUUUGUUUAACACUUUUUUCGUUACUACAUGAUUCCAUAUGUGUUAUUUCAUGGUUUUGAUGUCUUCACUGUUAUUCUACAAUGUAAAAAUUGUACAAAAUAAAGAAAAACCCUUGAAUGAGUAAGUGUCCAACCUUUUGACUGGUACUGUAUUUAAAUGAGAUAUUUCUGUAUUUCAUUUUGAAUACAUUUGCAAACAUUUCUAAAAACAUGUUUUCGUUUUGUCAUUAUGGGGUAUUGUGUGUAGAUGGGUGAGGAAAAAAAUAAAUGUAAUACAUUUUUAAUUCAGGCUGUAACGCAACAAAAUGUGGAAUAAGUCAAUGGGUGUGAAUACUUUCUGAAGGCACUGUACAUGUAUUUGUGUGUGUGCGUGUGUGUCCCUAUGUGUGUGUGUCCGUCUGUGUGUGUGUGUCCCUCUGUGUGUGUGUCCCCUGUGUGUGUGUCCCUCUGUGUCCCCCUGUGUGUGUGUCCCUCUGUGUGUGUGUCCCUCUGUGUGUGUGUGUGUCCCUCUGUGUGUGUGUGUGUCCCUCUGUGUUUGUGCGUGUCCCUCUGUGUCCCUGGGUGUGUGUCCCUGGGUGUGUGUCCCUGUGUGUCCCUGUGUGUGUGUGUGUGUUCCUGUGUGUGUGUGUGUGUUUGUCCCUGUGUGUGUGUGUGUCCCUGUGUGUGUGUCCCUCCCUGUGUGUGUGUCCCUCCCUCCUCACCUGUGGGACCUGCUCGAUGUCUCUGAGGAAGAUGGGCUGGUUGCGUGACACAGAGGUGGAACGGUGGUAGUCCACCAGGGAGUUGAGAGAGUUGAACUUGACCACCCACAGGAAGUACUUCCCAGCCCCGUCACGCAGGACCUUGAAGUGCUGCACGUCAUUACCAAACCUGGGGAGAAGAAGCAUAGAUCUAUAAGUGAUUGGUUCACUUUAAACAAGGUGACCACCCUACUACUUCUAUCAAUCCAACCAUUCCAGAUCUGUGAUUACCAAACCUGUGGCGGAGGAGGAGGAAGAGGAGGAGGAGGAGGAGGAGGAGGAAAAGAAGAAGAAGAAGAGGGAGAGAAGGAUAGAAUAAACAGAAAGUGAGUGAUGACAUUUACCAUGGUAACCAUCUGGGGACAGCAGUGAAAACACUGUUAAAUCUACAUGACGUGGAAGAGAAGGCGGCCUGUUUUUUGUGUGCACUAGUUUCAUAACCAUCUGUGUCAGCGCUUCCAUUAAUGAUUUAAGCCCAGUUGGCCCAGUUUCUUUCUCCCCGCAUGAUAACAUGAGUUUGGGAUUUUUAAGAGAAAUACAACGCAGAAGACACACUUGUAUAGCCUACUUCAUUAGAUUGCAUUACAAAUGCAUUAGACAGGGAUGGUUGUUUGGUACACAGCUGUGACACUAGGACAACGCAAUUGUAGCAGUAGCGACACACACAGACACACACACACACACACACACACAGAGAGAGAGACAGAGAGCCUGGGACUAGGGAAAGUGGCAGCUUGCAAAGCUUUGAUAACAGGCAGCAGUGCCCACACCGGAGCUAUCUGACAGAGACCAAAGUGCUGUAGUAGCGGAUGACUGUUGGUUAGCCCCAGGUGAGUCAGAGAUGACACAGCCAAUUAACUUGAUAUGGAUCUGUGGAUCUGCACAGCGACUUUCCAUAAAGACUAGAGUGGGAACAGGGUGGCCAGACACUGCUAGACUUAGAACAGUCAGUACUUCCCAGGUCAAGCUGGCUAGACGCCACCCUGGCAAACCAAGAUGGGAGCUGUGCAUGAGAAAGCAAGCACUUAGCACAGAGUUGGAACAAUGAUUUAAACAGAGGACUGAUAUUGGAGAGAAAUGUAUGUAAUAAAAAGGGAAAACGGAUAUGAUGGGUCGAUCAGUGAUACAAUGAUUGAACUGAGUGUGUGCGUGUGACAUACUUGACAGAGAGUGAGAAGUCUCCCGGUGCGCUCUCUGACUCUCGGAUGAGGAAGGCCCCAUCGUGCCUCUGUUUGUUCAGCAUCUCCUCUGCCUUCGCCCGGGGGAUCUUACCAUAGAACCACCUGGGACACAACAACAACAACAAAUCAUUACAAACCACUAAUAACUCAUUCAAAAUAAUAUAAAAACAAGUUGCAAGUAACAGUGAUAAGUGCUGUUUAACUGCAAAUUAAGAAGAAAAUACACCCUGCGGGCAAAACUGGUUGAAAUAAGGUUAUUACAUGGUUGUCAUUUGAUUGUAAUGACAUUGUUUCAACCAGCUCUACCACACUGGGUGUUUUUUCUUCUUCUUAAUUUGUAGGAAAAGCAGCACUUACCAGAAUUUGAUUGUGGUGUGGUUGUGACAGGUCUCUAGUUAGCAUUGACCUUUGAGUAACCUCAAAGCGUAGGGUCAUUGGUAUGACUCAAUGUCAUAGGAACAUGGCCUUAAGCAGAGCUUGACCUCAAACCUGACCCCUGUUAUUGACCGUUGUAGUGGUUGUUGUGUCUGUUGGGGAAGUGCAUAGCGACCAAUAACACUACUAAACAAUUAUAUCAAAAUCAUAAUAUCACAUCUAUUUUGCAUGCCAAAUAGAAUGAAAUCAAUGCAGUAAGUGAGUACCGGUGGGCCAUUUAAUUAGUCUCUUUGCAUUUGUCCUAGUAGGUUGUAAUUACAGGGAGGUUCCUGGUCUGAUAAAAGAGCUGGUGGAGCCUUGGGUCAAGACAAUGACAACUCUGUGUGGUGCCAUGCCAACCGCACCUGCUACCUACUCCUCUGGCUCUGACUGGUGCCCAAUACCAGCGGUCAGUCACCAACCCCCACAGAUACUCCAUACAGAGUGUGUGUGUGUGUGUGUGUGUGUGUGUGUGUGUUUGCGCACGCGUGUACAUUGUGUGGUGGUGUAUGGGACCUCCCUUUCCUUCUGUGACUAGUCAGGUGUGGAAUUUUACUGUCCAGAUAAAGGUGUUAUGUCACAAUGUGCCAACAAAGGUGUUGUAACACACAAUGUUUGCCUCCUCUAUCUCCAGUGAAAGCAUACACACGCUGAGCUUUAUCUAUAUAGCUUAAUUUAGCAAUAUAGCUUAGCAUUACCAUAUACUGUAGCUUAUCUGAGCGAUAGCAUACCCUUGACUUACGCUUUGAACACACUGACUGCGUCAUUGCGCAAAAUAGUAUGCAGCAUCAUCUAGAUAUGUGUGCAACAAAACUUCAACAUUCACCUUCUGCUACCAUUUCUGUCAACCCGUUUAUGCAUACAGUUUGGCGCAUACGUUCGAUAAAUCCAACGUAUGCACAACACAGAACGCACUGCAACUGCCUCUGCAACACAAUGCUGCAAGGCAAACGCAGCGUUCCAUUGGAAAUGAAUGUACUAGUGGUGUACCAAAACGCAAUGACGCAGUCGGUGUGUUCAAAGCAUUAGGCAAUAGCCAUAGCAUUUGCACUAGGGCAUGGCAGUGCAGGUGAACGCUAGCUCUAAGCCUCUUAGCUUGUUCGUUUGGGAACUCAGACAACAUGACAAGACCUGAUCAACUCCAGCUGUUCCUCAUAAGGGAAUGAUAAUUCAGCCAGGUCUCCCAUCCAGUAUCACCAUCGGGGCAGAGUCCUCAAACAGUGUCACAAGCCGAUAGUCAUAUAAAGAUGGCAGAUAUGAGUAGAACAAGUUAUCCGUUUAUUACAUGUGUAUACACAUAUUGACCUGUUAGGUAACACUAGCAUCUCUAAGCCAUCGGUUUCAGACCCAUAUAGGUUUCAACCCACAAGCCUUCAGCAUUUAGCAAUGCUAUUCUUUGUGCCUGGUGUUCACACACAAACAGGCUUAGGGAUGACAGAAGUCCAACCCCCUCAUCCACAGUGCUCUGAUCUCCCUGAGGUAACACCCUGAGGUAACAGUAACACUGUGGGUAGAGAGAUAAUGUGGAUAUCCUCCUAUUAUCCUGGUCCUUCCUGCUUUGUGGUCGAGUGCUGCUCUUUGAUGUGGUAGCACUGACAUCCACGGCUACCAGGCUUCCAUAAGGGAGUCAAAGCCCUUUCCACAACAUCGAGCCGAACCAAACCAUACUGUGCUGACUUGGAUAUCUUCUCCUCACAUGAUCCUUUCCAGCAUGAUAACAGCAACCAUGGUGGAUGUAACCAGGCCAAGGCCAGCCCCAUAGUGAAGUGAGUACUGUUUUUUUCCUAUCCAGCGCCACCAUCUGCCUGCUUGUUAUCCUGGACCCUCCUCCACCAUCUGCUCCUAUAUAGAG